AUGGGUUCAUCCAUCACGCGCUCCACGGGCACCCGGCCCAGCGGUGCAGCCCCGCAGCGGCCGGUGUCGGCUGCCUACACGCAAGCCGCCAUAACCAAGUCGCUGGCGGCGGACGCAUCGUCGAGGGCGGUAGCCAGGAUGUCGCGGGCCGGCUCGCAGGUGCAUCGCGCCGCCGCCAUCACAGAGCUCGGCGCGCUCAACACCCAGGAGCUCGCGGCCGAGGAGCGUCUAGCAGGGCUGUGGGGCAGGCCCGUCGGCUCGCCCUGCAACGCCCUCGAGCGCGCCAUCGGCGCUCGCUUCAACUCGGACGGGGAGGUGGACAAGUUUGUGAAGGGCAUGAUUCGCAUUCAGAGGCUGGCGGCGCCCUACCGCAAGAAAGUGAAGAACAUCCACUAUCGACGAAACGUGGCGCGUGAGAUCCUCAAGACGGAGGAGUUCUACGUGGAGAGCCUAGACGUCCUCCUUUGCACAUUCUUGGAGCCGUUGAUGAAGCUGGCUGCAUUGAAGAAGGAGCAGCUCCCCCAGAUCACCAACCUCGUGUCCAAUUUGGUGAUCAUCAGGAACUUUAACAAGACGCUGCUGCAAGAUAUGCGACCACGACUCGAAGCCUGGAGCGAGAGUCAAUGCAUUGGCGACAUCUUUGUCUCUACGAGCAUGUAUUUGAAGUCGUACACCGUCUAUGUCAGCAUCUACAACGGCGCCACGACGGAGCUCGUUGAUUGCUGCAAGCGGAACGUCGAGAUCGAUUCUUUCCUGACCGCCCAAUCCGAACAGGCCUCCCGCCAAUCCAUCUACGCCUACCUCAUCCAGCCCGUGCAGCGCAUCCCUCGCUACAGGAUGCUGCUGGCGGACUUGUUGAAGCACACGGGGCCAACGCACAAGGACCACGCUAACCUGGAGAAGGCGACGAACCUCGUGGGAGACGUGGCGAGCAUCGUCAACAGCAAGGCCGCCGAGGCCGAGCGCAUCGCCAAGGUCAUCGAGAUCCAGAACCGCCUGAUCGGCUGCGCAGUGGGCCUGGUGUCGCCUAGCCGUCGGUUCGUGGAAAGCAGCUUGGUGCUGGUGUGGAACAACAAUAUGAAGCCGGACCAAGCGGAGAGGCGGGUGAUCUUCCUCUUCAACGAUCUCAUCGUUGAAGCCAAGCCAAGCAAGAAGGGUGGAGAAGAGGACAAGGUGAAGUUCAUACAGGACUACCACCUGACGCGCCUGCAUCCAAGUCGCUCGGACCACCACUACGGGAUCUUCCUCCUGAUGGAGGGCGGCGAGCCCUUGCUCAAGCUCUUCUUCAAGGAGAAGGUCGAGCGCGACAAAAUCAAGGAGGAACUGAAGAAGGUGCUCGAUGAGCUCAAAGUCAACCGUCAGAAAUACGAAGAGUUGGUGGACAAGCGGGCACGCGAGCGAGCAGAGAAGACCAAGGAGAUGUUCGACGCAAGAUACAACCUCAACUCCUCGUCGUCCGAGACGGAACCAACGCCCGCUGCCGAAGGAGGCAAAGAUAACAAGUGGGAGGCGCGACUCAAGGCCAUGAAGGAGAGGCAGGCCGCCCUCAGACAACAGCCCGAGGAGACGCCCCAGACCAAGAGCCGAAGCUUGAGCACGGGCCUGCCGCCAGCCAAGGAGGCGUUGGGCGUCCCACAGCAGCCAGCGGGUCCCGCCGGAGGUAGGAGUGCCACGGUGGCAUCGGCACGGUACUCGCUGCCGCCGACGCUAAUGCCGCCCCAGCCUUCGCCGGUGAGCGAGAAGCUGAGCAGCAGCGGAGGCGGGGUAGCCACCAAGUCGCCGCAAAAGAAGAAAGGCAACAUCAGCCGACUAAGCGCCUUCUUUGGUGGCUCGUCGGCCAAGAAGAUGAACAAGGACAAGGACGCGACAGCGUGA